AAGUUAUUCUUGAGAUUAGCUUGGCAAAAGAAUAACAAAUCAGUUUAUAGUCCGGCAUAAAUACAAGCUCUUGUGUGUUGGUGUGAUCACUCGCUCUCGACUCCACAAGCAGAACAUCACCGCCGCACUUGAGAAGAACGAGAGAGGCACAGCCGACCUAGCGCUCAUAACUACCUUGACGUCACAAGCUAAAGAAGAGAAGGACUCAAAAGACCUAACUCCACAAGAUAAGGCCUGUUGUCCUCCUCAAAGAUGAAUGCCAUCCGCAACGUAGCGCUUCUAUUGGCUCUCCUGGUGUUGGCUGACAUGUUUGUCAAUACGGAUGCGUGGCGCCGAAGAAGAAGAAGAAAUCCGCCACCCCCACCCCCACCCCCAUCCCCACCCCCACCCUGUCACCCACCUGCCCUGCCUAGUACCUAUCGCUGGUACAACCAAUGGGGUGGUUCAUUUAACGUCAAAUGUCCGGCAGGUUCCACCCUGAGCAUGAUCCGCUCCCUGUACAGCCGCUGCCACCACGAUCGCGUCUUCUCAUUCGCCUGCAAAUACAGCAGGCUGUCGUACACUACUGGCUCUGAGGUCUGCAACUGGUCUUCGAGCUACGUCAACUCUUACCUCGGGGCCAUGAGCUUUACUUGCCCUGGAAAUGGAUUCGUCGCUGGAGUACACAGCGAACACAGCAAUAGUGCUGGAGACAGGAGGUUCAAGUUCAAGUGUUGUUCGCGUCUCAACGUUCAGCGUUACGGCUGUUACACUACUGGUCACAUUAACGACUACCAGCAGAUCUUCCACUACGCUCUGCCCCACGGGACUUACCUGGCCGGCGUGGAGAGUCAUUUCAACGCAUCUAAGCGUGAUCGCCUUUGGAAGCUGAGGAUCUGCGGGGCCCGCGUGCGCCUCUGUAAAUGGUCCCUGAUCUAGUUGGACUCUGGCCCUUUAACACGCGCGCAGAUGAUUAUAAAACUAAAGCAAAAUAGCACAUAAGAUAAAGAUAGUAGUACGUUAUGUUAAAAAAAGUAAGAUGCUAAAAAAAUAAAGAUAACAUCUGCUCUG